CGAAAUCAUAGCUUUCAUAAAACAUACCCAUAUAUCCAGCUAACUUUACAGUUAACUUUUCAAAUCAACAGAGGAGCUACAAAGCAGCAACAGCGAUGAGCUGCAGCGAUUCAAACCCAGCGGCCACGCCCACUCCCUGCCAGGACACACAGGGGGAUGGCCGAUGGAUGUCAUUGCAUAACCGUUUUGUGUCAGACAGUAAAGGGAAGGAGCCAGAUGUGCUGUUUGUUGGAGAUUCUCUCGUUCAGUUCAUGCACGAGUUUGAGGUCUGGAGGAAGCUCUUUUCUCCGUUACAUGCUCUGAAUUUUGGGAUUGGAGGAGAUGCCACUCAACAUGUUCUGUGGCGACUGAGUAACGGAGAGCUAGACCACAUCAAUCCAAAGGUGGUGGUGUUAUGGGUGGGGACUAAUAAUCAUGGACACACAGCAGAACAGAUCAGUGCAGGAAUACAGGCCAUCAUCAGCGUCAUCAACCACAAACUACCCAACGCUCACACUGUAGUACUCAGUGUACUCCCCAGGGGCAGGAGUCAGAACCCUCUGCGUGAGAGGAAUGCGGCUGUGAAUACGCUGUUGAAGGAGGCACUGCUGUCUGUAAGCCACGCCUCCUUCCUUGAUGUGGAUUGUGGCUUUGUCCAAUCAGAUGGCACCAUUGCUCAUCAGGACAUGUAUGACUACCUUCACCUUACUCCACAGGCCUACAACAGAGUCUGUCAGCCUAUACACACACACAUACAAGCUUUACUGAACACACACACACAAAACUAACACACACAAACACACACAGGCCUACAACA